AUUCAUUCUGUUUUUCCGACACUUCCAGCAGCGGUACAUUUAAACCCAGCACACCAGAGCAGACUCGUGCUACCUUUAAUGGUUUACCGAAAGGGGAAGAAAUAACUUUCAAGUACUUUUUAUGUGUUGGGGGCUUUCUGUCAGAUCCAGUAAAAGAAAGAUUUGAAAACUGUCUACAAGAAACAACCAGAGGAGGAAAAAGAGGCUUCUGAUAUUUUAAGUCAAAACAGGAUUCCUCUGUCUUACGUCUUGCCAAAUGUUGCUGUCAAGAGGACAAGAUUUUCUAUUGAUGUCUGGGAAUUCCUUAUUAAUUCCACACUGAGGGGGUUAUUAUUUUCUUCUCAACAAGAUGAACAAUAGCAUUGUUUCAAAUGAACCAUGUAACCAUACCUGCAUUGUGGGCCGUGAUGGCAAACCGGCCACAAGUAUCAUCAUGUUUCUGCUUGGUGUUGUCGGAAACCUCCUGGCUCUGUUUAUCCUGGGAGUGCAUCAGAAGGAGCAUCGCUCCAGGUCCUCUGUGUUCUGCAUCUUGGUAACCGGCCUGGCUCUCACAGAUCUUCUGGGCACCUCCCUUCUAAGCCCACCUGUAUUCAUCUGUUAUGCCCGCAAUAUGUCCCUUACAGACCUGGGCGGUAAAGGACUGUGUAACCUCUUCGGCUUUGCCAUGAGUUUCUUCGGCCUUGCACCCACGCUCAUCCUGUGCGCCAUGGCUGUGGAACGCUGCCUGGCCAUCAGCCACCCUUACUUCUACUCUGUACACAUCCGCCGCAACUUUGCUAAAUUUACCCUUCUCUUUAUCUACCUAUUUUCUGUGGCCUUCUGCCUACUGCCCUUCGUUGGUUACGGUAAAUUCAGGCAGUACUGCCCUGGGACAUGGUGCUUCAUUGACAUGGAUGCGACUGAGGAUGAACAGGCCAACUUGGUUUUGGCUUUCUCUCUGUCCUACUCCUCCCUCACGGCACUGCUGAUCUUUGCAGUGUUCGUGUGCAACGGUUCAGUGAUUAUCACCCUUUGCAAGAUGCACAAGAGCCAUUUACUGCGCCGUGGCUCGGUCGGGUCAACGGGCAGAAAGAGGAGGCUGAGCCUGGCCUGGUUUGGGCAGGGAGAAGAGGAGAUGGAUCACCUGGUGCUGCUGGCGCUCAUCACUGUCAUCUUUGUGGUCUGCUCACUGCCGCUCACUAUUGCAGGCUUUAUCAAUGCGAUCCAUCCAUUUUGCGGUGACAAAGAGAACCUGACAGCUUUCAGAUUCUAUGCGUUCAACCCCAUCGUUGAUCCUUGGGCCUUUAUCAUCUGCCGCAAGUCCGUGUUUCGCCACCUUUGCUCUCUGCUGAGCUUCCGGUUCAGUAAAGGAGCCGUAAAGACGACAGCACACUGCGCUCUGUCUUUACCCCUUGACAAUGUCAUACAACGCAACCCACCAGACACGUCACUUCCACCAACCAACAUGUAUUCCAAUUUACCUCGAUGACCCACAAAAACCCAUGGCAGUGCAAGGUGAUGGCCUGGAGGCUGGACGACAUUUCUAUAUGGAAAAAAACUUUUAAGGAAAACUCUAAAAUGAAAUGAAUGUAUGAAUCCAAAAUUCCUGCACCUAGUAUUUGAAGGCACAAAGACAAGACUCUGUCACAAUUUAAAUCUACGUGUGGCCGUUAAAAUUUCUCCCUUAACUUUGGAAAAAGUGACUGCACUAAGUGUUAACUUUCCACUGACGGACGGAAGUUAUUUCAACAUUGCAAGGGGAGUUGUGCCAUUAAAACAGCACUGUGACUUGGGACUAAGGAACACUUACAGUCAUGUCAGGCCCAAGGAUGACAUACUGUAAAAUCUGAAUAUAUGCAGUUGAGGAAAGUUGUAUGGAAAUGUAUGAAUGUAUAGUAUUUUUUUUAAUUUCAAUCAGUCGGCCCUUUCUUUAAGGCACAGUAAGUCAGUAAGUCUGUUAAUGCAUUAUCUGUGUCUAAAGCAUGGAUGACAUGAGAUUCAGCUCACGCAACGUGCCUGCUUACACGGUUUAUUUGGAUGACAUAUGUGUGCAACAGAUAUACACGAUUAUUAUUGAACUGUCCACUGCCCAUAACCCAGAAUAGCCUUAACAAGUCUGCCACCAUGGAGAUCCCCAUAUGGAAAUUAAAUUAACUUACAGGAAAUGUUUAUAUUUUGUAUGUCUUGAAAGACUUGUGUGUCUCAUACUAC